AUGGACCGCAUCAUUCGCCCUGUUGCCCGUCAAUUGCUACGACCUCGUCCCAGAUACCCUUUCAGAAUUCCCACUGCUCACCACCAAAGACUCUACACCAUGGGACACAACGCACCAAAGUUAAACGACCAGUCGCUCUUCAUUGAGAAGUCGUACAUCAACGGCGAAUGGGUCGGCGCGAAGUCCGGGGAAACCUUCGAGGUGCACGACCCUGCCACCGGCAAACUAAUCGGAACAUGCCCCGAGCUCGACACAGCCGACGUGGAGAAGGCCAUCCAAGCCGCCUCCGAAGCCUUCCCCAAAUUCCGCACAACCCUCGGCCGCGAGCGCGCUCGCAUGCUGCGCCGAUGGUACCAAUUGAUGAUCGACAACGCAGAGGACCUCGCGAAGCUCAUUACAUGGGAGAACGGAAAGCCUUUGGCCGACGCCAAGGGCGAGGUGAACUACGCCGCCAGCUUCUUCGAAUGGUUCAGUGAGGAGGCACCCCGCACAUACGGUGACACCAUCCCGGCCUCCGUGCCCGGCAACCGCGUGAUGACCGUCAAGCAGCCGGUUGGCGUCUGCGGUCUCAUUACGCCAUGGAACUUCCCUGCGGCGAUGAUUACGCGCAAGAUCGGCCCCGCCCUGGCGGCGGGUUGCACGGUCGUCGCCAAGUCGCCCCAGGAGACACCCUUCACAGCCAACGCGCUUGCGGAGCUUGCGCACCGUGCAGGCAUCCCCAAGGGUGUGGUUAACAUUGUGACUUCUUCUAAGAACACCCCUGCGGUGGGUGAGCUUAUCACCACCCACCCGGAGGUGCGUAAGGUGUCUUUCACCGGCUCGACUAACGUCGGCCGCAUUCUCAUGAAGCAGUCUGCUUCUACAAUUAAGAAGGUUUCCUGGGAAUUGGGCGGUAACGCUCCGUUCAUUGUCUUUGAUGAUGUCGAGGAUCUCGACGCUGCCGUUGCCGGCGCCAUCGCCUCCAAGUUCCGUAGCUCCGGACAGACCUGCGUGUGCGCGAACCGUCUCUACGUCCAGAAGGGCAUUUAUGAGGAGUUCAGCAAGCGCUUUGUGCAGAAGGUUAAGGAGUUCAAGCUUGGUGGUGGUUUCGAGAACGGCAUCACUCACGGUCCUGUCAUCCACGAGCGUGCUGCUAACAAGGCUCACGAGCACGUGCAGGAUGCUACAUCCAAGGGUGCUCAGGUUAUCGUUGGUGGCCAGAAGGCGACUGCUCUCGGUCCCAACUUCUACCACCCCACUGUGCUGACUGGCAUGAGCAAGGAUAUGCUUCUUGCGUCAGAGGAGACCUUCGGCCCUGUUGCUGGUCUUUUCCCCUUCGAGACUGAGAAGGAGGUUGUGGACCUUGCUAACCGUGCGGAGGUUGGUCUUGCCGGUUACUUCUUCAGUGGUAAUGUCCGUCGCAUCUUCCGUGUUGCUGAGGCCCUGGAGGUUGGCAUGGUUGGUGUCAACACUGGUUUGAUCAGUGACGUUGCUUCUCCCUUCGGUGGUGUCAAGCAGAGUGGCUUCGGCCGUGAGGGCAGCAAGUAUGGUAUUGACGAGUUCAUGACAAUCAAGAGUGUGACAUUUGGCGGCAUGGGUGAGCCCUUGCAGGAGUAA